GAAAGCCCGAGAAUCGGUGCAACCAAAGGUAAUGAGAUGGAAAGAACAGCCAUUUGUAUGGUGUUGGUUUUUUUUCUCCCAUUCGCACUGAGGCUAUCCGCGGCACUUAGAAAAUUUACAUGCGGUUUUGUAAAUGGGUACUCCGGAGAGUUCGACACUUUGACUUUGGCUGGAAACCAAAUAAACAAAUUUAGCAAUGUAUCAGUAAUCUUCAAACAGUUUAAUAUCUCAGACAGGAAAAACUUAUUUACUAAAGCUUUAUUACUUCGUGAUGAAAACGUUAUUGCACUCGUCGAGGGAAGUCAAGAUAAGAUCUCCGCAUGCGGACUGUCUACAGUGACUGGAAUUCCGCUUAUUCGUUUCCAUGGUGACAAUGAACUCUCUGAUCAGUGUGAAAAAGUCAUUCAGAUGUCAGCUGGAUACAAAGACCUCGCAACUGCCACACUAGAUCUAAUAAAAAAGUUUCACUGGAAAAGCAUUGGAGUUUUAUUUGAUGAGGAUCACUCCUACCAAGCGGCUUUUUUCAUCGCCAUAACUAAGAGAUUAAAUCUCGCCGUGAAUUUGAUUCAUUUUUCCACGGAAGGCGACAAUGAAGAUGCAGUUCUUAAAGCUAUGGCUGAAGUUUACGGCCUGGAAGCAGAAGUUGUUUUACUUUACAUAAAAAAAGAAAAAAUUGAGAUUAUACUAAAUCAGAUGGGUACAAGUGGAUACUUCAAGGAGAGGUUUGGCAGUGAGCACAUAAUUCGCUACGCGGCAAUUGAGGAAGUGGAAAUGUUCUCUCGUAAAAAUCAAAAGGAAAUUUUCUGA